CACCCCUCCUCCUCAUUCCAUCAUGGCGAUGCAUAACAAGGCCACUCCACCACAGAUCCCCGACACACGCAGAGAGCUGGCCGAGCUAGUGAAGCGGAAACAAGAGCUAGCGGUAAAGCCAUCUUUUAUUUCUCUAUUACUAGCACGGUCAGAGCUGCUGUGAGAUGUGUUGUAGCCGCGAUUUUACUCGGCUUCAGGCCAGAGUUGAGACGUGCUGCGCCGGUUGCGUACUGCUAGGUUCAUUACAUCCGUUACGUCCGUUGCAGCGCGUAGUUGGCGUUUAGGAAUUUCCCUUGCUACGAAGUUUACGUAAUACUGCAGCCGUUGUGCGACCGAACGUAAAUGGCGUAACUUUGUUAAGAAGAAAAAAAAAACAACUGUUUGCGUAUUGCUUUUUGCACGUAACAUGCGUAAGUCACCCAAUGCGCUAGCAUAUACUUUAACUAUAUAUACGCCGCUACUUUUGUGAAUAGUAUGUUGGCUUUUGGGCGGGAAAGAGAAAAGCAGGGGGCUGGGCAGAUGGCUUUCUGUUGCAAAGUUGUAGAAAAUGGCGUUUAUUGUAAUUUAUUAUAUUUAUAGGCUUAGAAUGAAAGCAAAAGCCUAGGUUGUGUGUUUUUUGUUUUUUUUUUUGUUUUUUUUUUACACAUUUAUUUUAUUAUUCCCUCGGCACGAGUAUUAUAGGCACAAUGAUUUAUUUUGUUUUACAUAGGCAGCUCUUGUGUUUUUCCUGUAUGUGUCGUAUUGUUUCCAGUUUUUAUCCUGUAUUAAAAUGAUAUAUAUUUUUUUGUUUGUUUAUUGAAAGUGUGAUUUGAUUUCUGUAGCAUAUUACUAACAGAGGGAAAUGUUUCUAGGUUGGGUUUUAGUAUAUGGUUACCAUGGCAACGGUUUAUGCUUCUGCUCUAUCCACUAUCUAGACUUUUAUGGUGUAGCAAAUAAACAGGAAUAUAGUAGUCUCUACAUUGUCACAGUAUACCUCUUGACUGAAUUGAAAUUUCAGUGGAUUUACAAUAGUCAAUAGAAGUAUCUCGCAAAGACUCUAUCUUUAUAAAUUUAAUGAUUUGCGUUGGGGGGAGGCUCCUUUGUGACAGUGCUGCUUCAAUUCUAAUUCUACAAUUAAAUUUAAUAUAGUGCCAACAUAUUCCGCAUCAUUGUACAAUAGUUAAACAAGACCCUUAUUUAAAAGGACUGCUUAAUGUAGUGGUUCUGGUGGCACUCCGCAGUGUUAACUACUUUUUAAUAGAAAAGGCAGUGUUUAUUUGCUGGCUGUCUAGUAACACAUCUAGCUGCAGUCACUCAGUGACUAGAGGCGCUUUCGAAAUCAGUGCACUGUGUGCAGCACAUAGAGAUACUGAACACUCCCCAUAAACAUGCAUUGAUUCAGUGCAUCUCUGAGGAGAUGCUGAUUGGCACUAUGUUUUGCUGCGCAUGAGCAAUAGCUUUCCAAUACACUCAGCCAUGCAGGCGGGGUGAGUGAUGGAGCAAAUAUAACUAAAAUACCUUUUUAAUUCCACCGACAUCAACCCCCACCCCCCAUCCUUUGUGGGGGGGAGUUUAGGAAGAAUAACUCUAACCAAAAACAUUGGAUUAUGAAACCCCUGACUGUGUUUAAUGUAACAGCACUGCCUUUUCCAGUGUAGUGGAGAUCUCUUGGUUACAGGAAAUAGCUUAUUAAAAGUAUUCUAUCACUUUUUAGCCAUUUUGAAAGACAAAAUGCUUAGGAAAUUAUUUUUUAAUUUUGUAUUUUUUAUUAUAGAAUUUCAUGACACAACCCCCCCAACCUGAAAAAUUGAUAUUUCAUAAAGAUAAAAUCUUUAUGAAAUAAUAAUAUACUCGUUAUGACUGUGUUGGAAUUUCACUGAAAUUCAAAACCAGUCAAGAGACAUACAGAGGCGAAGUAGGAACGACUUUGUCUCUGUAUUUCUCCUCCACCUGGCUUUCUUUGACACAAGGCAGAGUCUUGGUGUCAAUCACUGCAUCAGUGAUGGCUGCAGAGAAUUGGCUGUGUCUAUGAAAAAUCUUGUGGGAUCCUCCAUAGACAUUAAUGCUGUAAUCUUGUGCAUGCGCGAGAGUACAGCAUUGAUAUCAGCGCCGAAGAGGACCCUGCCAGAACAAGAUGGCGGCCCCUGUGAGGUACAGGUCCAAGUAAGUAAACUCAUCUUUGAUCAAUUCGUCGUUUUAUAUUUUCCUCCCAUAUUGUAAAUCAAACAUACCAUCUAAUGGAUUUUUCUUGUGAACCAACGUGCAAUACUGACCGUAUAUGAGAGAUUGUAAUCAUUGUGUUAUGGCUGCGAUUGUGGACCUUCAUUUAUAUUACAUGAUUAAGAGCUAACAUUGUGUACACAAUAUUACCUGUAUUUUGAGUAGCAUGAUAGGUUUAGCAACUUUUUUUCUUUUAGCUUCUUCUACAAGCUUUCCUUUUUAUUUUAGUUAACUGUAGCAUUUGGCUUAUUUCAUUUUUACAAUGACAAUCUUGACUGCAUUGAAUAAGGUUUUUAUUCUUCUUCAUUGUUGUUUUGUCUUUGCAGGAGACUUUGGCGAACUUGGAACGUCAGAUCUAUGCAUUUGAAGGAAGUUAUUUGGAAGACACACAGAUGUAUGGAAACAUUAUCAGAGGAUGGGAUCGAUACUUAACAAACCAGAAGUGAGUGUCAUAAGUACUUUAAAAAUACCAAGAAAGUAAAGGAUAUAAAUUUCUUUCUCAUAAAGUAUCACUGUGUUGUACUACUGCAGUUUAAGGAUUUCAGAUAUAUUUCUGGCUGCAUUGCUCGUGCUUUGGUGAUACUACUAGAUCCAAAUCUCCAACAAAAAUAAAUCAAAUGUUAAAGGAACCCUCCAAGCAUUCCAAUCAAUACAGUGAUGUUUGCAAAUGUACAUAGGGUCUGCUGCGCUCCCGCCAAUAAUCCAUUAAAUGCUGGAAGCUCCUACACAGAAAUUGUUAGCUGUCCUUUUCAGAGAAAAGGCAGUGUGUACAUUACUGCCUAGAAACACCUUCACUGGCAGUCACUCAGACAGCCAAUAGAGGUGCUUCCUGGGUCACUGAUGUUCAGCCUCUGCAUGGAGGCGCUGUACGCCCUUCAUAGAAAUGAGUUGAUUCAAUGCAUCUCUCUGAAGAGAUGCUGAUUGGGGCAGUGUUUUGCUGCGCAUGCAUGAUAGCCUCCCAAUGCUUUUCUUUGGGAAAGCAUUGGCUUGGCUGAUAUAUGAACUCAACCGAGGAGGCAGAGUGGUGCGGAGCCAGCCGUGAGGAGACCCGGUGAAUAAAGUAAGGUGAGUAAAAUCAACUUUUAAAUUGAUUACAGGGGGACGGUCACCUAAAUAGUGUUAUUACAGUGACAGGAAUACAUGUUUGUAUUACUGUAACUAUAGUGUUCCUUUAAAGAUGGACAGUCUACACUGAUGGGGAAUGUACUCAAUCUUGUAUAUAUCUUUUGAUUAAUCUCUAGUUUGACUAUUCUUUUCUCUUCUUCCCCUUUUGUUAUAUAGUCACUGCACAAAUGCAUAUAACUGGUAUUUCUUAAAUAUUUACUUUGGCCCCUCUUUUUUUCUGUUUCAGAAAUUCAAAUAGUAAGAAUGAUAGGAGAAAUAGAAAGUUCAAAGAAGCAGAAAGACUUUUUAGCAAAUCUUCAGUCACAUCUGCAGCGGUGAGUACAUAAUCUGUGGCACUGUCAACUAUAACCAGUUUUUAUACACUUAAGUAUUGCAAUAAAAAAAAUAUGUAUGUGUAUAUAUGUAUGUUUAGACAGCCACCACACACAAAUAAUUAAAACCACUUGUACACAAAUGACACAACAAGCUGUGUUGACAAAAACACACACCAUUCCACAAACAAAAAAGCAUGCACAACACAGACAUCCCAAACACAUGUACAACUCCACACAGUAUCUCACAAAGCUGCCACCACACCCAUACGCAACACAAGAAAAAUUCCUUAACAUACUUAAACAUUACUUAACAAUAGGAUUCCCACACAAAGGGACUUCAGUGGUUUUUACUUUGACAGAGUGCCACCAAACAGUUUCUUACCCCUGGUUUACAUGGUCAUCUGCACAUUGAGAAAUGAUCGGUCCACAUUAAUACUGCCCAUAACCAAUGUAUUUUAGUGAUUUUCAUUUAAAUAGAAAUAUUUUGAAAUGUUUGCAUAAAUUUUCACAGGCCAUUUUCUUUUCCUUUUUUUUUUUAGGCUGUAAGUGCAUUGGCCGGUGUACAAGACCAAAUGAUUGAAAAACGUAAGUAUUAUCUCUUGCAAUUUUUAAAAUGAAUUUUUAUAUUUUUUAAAACUUUAUUUCAUAGUUGAAUAACACUUAGUGAAACUUACAUUUUCACAUUUGCCGCAUUGUUUUAUAUAUGGAAAUCUUUCAAAUCUGCUCAAUGAGGUGAUACCGUAACCUUUUUCCCAUUUGCCAUCAGGAUUAAUGACUCAGGAAAAUGAUAAACACAAAGCUCUUUAAUGUCAAUGUAUUCUAACAAAGAGCUCAAAAUUUCCACUCUCCACUAGCCAUUGGUUAGGGGAAAUGUAUCCAUUGUCUUUGUGCCGAACCUCAGGCUUACAGUGGCAAGUAAUCUUUAAGGCCUGGCUAGUAGUAUAAUACUUGAAAUGUAAAUCCUAUUCUAAUGUAUUCCAACUUGUGCAUAAGGCUAAAUAGGUCAGAUUAAGUCUUUUGUAUAGAUUGUUUUGACCUUUUUUGGGAAUGAAAUUCCAACACAUGUUUGAAUCCUUCAUGUGUUAGCACUGGUAUGUCCUGCAAACCAAGCAUCAUCCUCUAAUGCAAUGUUUGUCUUCUGUCUCAGUGUAUGUAGUCCUUAACACAACAUAUGAACAACUGAAUCAUCCAUUCCUUCCUAACUCCAUGUGCAUUGAUUACAUUUUGUUGGCACUUCAAAGACCCAGUGAGCUUUUUUUAACUGGUCUUCUCCCAGCAGAGAAAAAAGUCUCAGCCAGUAGUACUGCCAGUACUCUGGCAGAGGGAAAAAAUCCACUCUUCUCACUUUACCAGAUUUAAUUAUUUUUUUACUUCUCACACACUGUUGUGCUGCUAUUUUUAGGAGAACCUGGCAGUGGAACAGAAAGCGACAACUCUCCAGACUUCCAGAAUCAGGAAAAUGAACCCAGUCAGGAUGAUGUAGAGGAUCUUGAUGGUUCUUUGUCUGGUGUGAAGCCUCAGAAAGCAGCUUCUUCAGCCAACUCUGGCAGCCAUCAUAGCAGUCACAAGAAGCGCAAGAAUAAAAAUCGGCACAGGUUGGCUAAGGAAUGGUUUUAUGUACUAUCAUUCCCUGCUAAGCUGUUACGUGCUGCAAUUGUGUUUUUAUAGUAGCUGAAACUUACACAAAAUACACAGAGUGGCUUAAAGUGUUUUUUUUUCUUUAAGUGCAGCAGGUUGUUUUGAUUGCUAACCGUGACAAGGAAAUACAUUCUAUGUUUGGAAUACCAAAUAUGGAAAAGCAGCUAAUAUAAAUUUUCUUUACAUUCAUUUUAUUGCAAAAAAUGAUUAUUAGAAAGUAUAUGUUAAUUUGUAGAAUACAUUUUUUUUUUUUUUUAUUUAGAUGACCUGGAAUACUUACUUUGAUAUAGGAAAUGCUUGGCAUCAGCAAAUGUCAAGCAACAAGUCAGAGGCAAUAGGUAACUGUAGUGUGCCUUUUUUAUUACAUGCAAAACAUUUGUGUGUAAUACAUUUUGUUUUUUAUAUAUUACUUUAAAAAAAAAAAAGUGCUGUCACCAAAAUUUGAUUAGGGUCUUAAGGUGGCACUGUCAUUAGUUUUAUUUUAUUUUCUCCUCUUCCUUAUGGUUUUCAUUUCCUUUUGCCCUUUGUAUCUUAAUGGUUAUACUCACCACUUACAUUGUAUUUUAUAUUGGCUAUUGCUUGCUGGAUUUCAGUAUCUGGGUGUCUGCUUUUUUUUUUUUUUUUUCACACAAUUUUCUACAGUAUUCCCUUCUGUAAAGCUUAAUGGAUUGUGAGUGAAAUUACUUUGCUUAAGCUCCGACCAUUGCAAAAAAAUUUUUUCUUUUUAAAUCACGCACUAAAAAAUACUAAUUAGUUGCUACUUUUUCUUAUGUAUAAAAUGAAAACUGAAUUUAACACAAAAAAAGCCCUGCAAUUUGACAGUGUUGCUUUAACACAUACUUUCCUUGUUUUUGUAGAGAACAGUUAGCAUGAGUUGCAGAUGGAUACGGAAAUGACUGCCACACUUAAAAUUACGAUCUAUAUACACAUUUAAACUUCACAAAAUGCAUGAAUAUCUCAUAAAAAAUUUCUUAGCUUUUUUUUUUUUUUCCAUAUUUAACAAUUAUUUGUGUUUUUAAAUUGUGUUGAAAAAGUAUCUGAGGAGCAAGGAGAAGAAAAAACAAACAAACCCAAAGCAUUCAACAAGAAAAUAAAUCUUUAAUAUCCCCCCACUUUUUUUCAUUUUCAUUAUUUUUUUGCAUGUCAUACUCAAAUAGGUUAUUAAAGAUGGAUUGCCAUGCACUAGUUAACUGAGGUUUCUAAACGGCUAGAAUCUUAAAAAAUAAAAAAUAUAUAUUCCUAAGCACAAUUGCAGUGGCAGCAAUUUUUGUUUGUGGUGGAUUUGAAUUUUUUUUUAAUUUUCUUUUUUAUCUUAAUUUUUGUUUUGGUUUUAUAACUACUUUAUUUGGCUUUCCUCUAAUCCAAAGCGCCAGACAGAUUUACUUGUGUGUCUUGGUUUUUAUUUUUUUGUUUGUAAUUUUAUUUUUCUUUCUUCCCUUUCUCUUUCAGAUUAGCAUAACAUAUAUGUCCAGUUAAACUAAUUGGUGUAUUAAUUCCUAUUGCUUUCUUUUAUUUUUAUUUUUCUUAUUUUUUUUCUAAUGCUUCCCCCCAGUCCAUCUGGCAUGUAUGAUUAUGACUUCGAGUAAGUGUGCAUCUUCUGUCUGUACUACUGCCUAUGUGUUUUGUUUUAAAAGUAAUAAUGCAUGAUUUCAGUCUCUGCAUCUGUCAUUGAUUUUUACCUUUUAAAUACUGAAGGUCAUACUGGUUUAUAUAAGAAGAGCUAGAAUUGAUAAAUCUACUUGGUUGCUCAUUAUGUAAGAAUAUUUAAUCUUUCAAUCUUCUGGCAGUAGUGUUGGUCCCACUAAAAUGACUCCUCUAAAAUUGUGCUACUACUCAUUUAUUCUGUUAUGCUUCUCAUGUUUGUGAUUUUUGUAGCUGUGCAUUGUUCUGUAAGACUUAUGCCUGUGGUAUUUGUUUCAUUACAUUAUCAGUGUCCUAUGUAAUGAAAAAAAUGUCUAUUUGGACCGCAUGCAUCUUGCCCCAAGUACUUCUAGUAUGACAUAUUUUGUAAGAGCCUGCUAUAGAGCUGUUAACUCUAGUAAAUAUAAAUCUAUGGAAGCUCUGUGUAACAAAUAGAUUUUGCUACACAGCUUAUUUGUGAAGACAAAAGUCUUGAUUAAUCUGAGUAUGAAACUGCAGAAUGUCAAACUUUUUUAGUUAAAUAUUUAUAUUUUGUAAAUGGGGAAGUAGUUAAAAAAAUAUAUGUAUAAAAAGUCUAUAAAUUAAUAUACAUAUUACUCAAAAUUGCAUGCUAUAGCAGACCUAACUGUUUUAUAUACAAGCUUUUGAUCUUUUACAAAAUGUGAAUACAAACAUUUUUUUAUUUCCCCGUUUCUUAUUCUAGGAUUGACCUCAAAUUGAACAAAAAGCCAAGAUCUGUAAGUAUCUGUCCAUUUUAUUCUUAAUCUUGUAUACUUUCAUCUAGACUUUCUGAUAACCGUAGAUAGUGUUGCAAAAUUUUUAAGCGAAUCUCUAGUCUGAAAAUAUGGGUUGAAGUUUGUUCAAUUAAAUGGGUAUUCUAAUCACCAUAAUCACUACAGCGCAUUAUAGUGAUCUGCUAAACCAGACAUUCAUACUUCCAUACAUUAGCAUAUGUACUUGUCAGCUGACAUUCUCAGCCAGUGAAUACUUUUCACAGCUGGUAUGGUUAUGCUUUAGUAUGAAAUCCAGUUUUAGCCUAUCCCUGCUGACUAGUAAAAUUGUGGGAGCCAAACAGAGCCAGGUAAGUGCUAAACUAUAUGGCAAUUAUUUGACAUGUUCAUAAGGAAAGGUGUUUGGGCUUUGUAGCAAACCACAAUGUGGGUUAAAUCACUGCUCAAACCAGGGAGAUCUGGGGUAUCAAUGAAUACAUGGGACUCGGUCAGCUGGGGCUAUUUUCUUCACAGCUACAGACUGAGCGAUGAGCUGUAUGCAGCACCUUAAAGUCAUUGAGAACACCAAGGCUGAGCAAUUGUUCUCAGCUGUGGUGAUUCUAAGGCUGCAGACUACUGAAAAGAAACCACUUUUUGAGAUGGUGCUGGGACUUGCCAGCUGCCCAGCACCAAUCACAGUGUAAUUGGCCGGAAAAGCAUGUUUUGCAAUGCAUUACAAGAAAAUGUUCCUGUAAUGCUGAAAAAAGCCAGUAGAUGGCCGCAACAUAAGUCUGUACUGUUUUAACUAGGAAACACAUCUGUUAUCUGUGCUGAAAUUUGCAGAUGGUUUCCUUAUGGUUAAGGGUAGUAGUAGGGUUCGUUUGUUAGGUUUAGGGUAAGACCGUGGUUUCCAAACCAGUCCCCAAGGCAUGCCUACCAGUCCAGGAUUUAAGGAUUACCCAGUUGUGUCAAACAAAACACUUUAGACACAACUCGGUAAUCGCUAAAUCCUGGAUUGGUAGGCAUGCCAUUGGACUGGUUUGGAAACCACUCGGGUAAGGGGUAUGAUAAAGUUAGCAAUAACUACCAAAAAGGUAGGUAUAAAUAUAGGACAUUGAAAGAAAGCACGCUCUGACAUUUUUAGAAUCAAUGUAUAAUGUAGAGAUCCUUAAAGAGAAACCCUUAAAGUAGAAAAGUAGCAAGAAUUCUAGGUUUUCUUUUGGUUCAGAACAUUGAUAAUUACCUCUGUCCUUAAGGGGUUAAGAUAUUUUUAUGAACUUUGUCUGCAGAGAUGCAAUGCCUCUUCUUCACAGCAAAAAUGUUAUAAAAUAAACAAACUCACACUUUUGAGAAUUGCAGAUAUAAGCAUCUGAUAUGUCAAUACAUUUGAAUAGAAAAACUGUCCAAAAUAACCAUAUAGAAACUUCUAGGAAAGCAUGACCUCCAUGAUAUUGAUUACUAUACCAAAAUAUAGCUAAAUGAUUAAAAUGUAAAUUGCAAUUUCUAUGCCAAAGAAUAUUAUUUUUAUUUUAUUUGAGAGUAGAAAUGUUAUAAUUUUACUAUGCAUACAUCUGGAAACUAGAAGAGGAAAAUACCUUCUUGCUGGCAAAUUUGUCUAUAUUGAAUAUGUAUUUACUUAAAGGUUAACUUGACAUCCACAUGCUUAAGUCUUCUGUAAUUCGCUUAAUUUGAAAAAAAAAAAAAAAAAUUUGCAUCACUAGAGAGUACUUCCUUAUACCGUACUCAAGAUUUUUAACACCCGCUUUCCGCUUCUCUUUAUCAAAUCUGCAACAUACGUUUCAGUAUAGAACUUGUUCAUGUUUGUUUUUAGGAUUACUGAGGAACGUGAAUCCACUCUUCCAGAGGCACCACAAUCCUCUGCACAGAACAACUUUCACUUCCAAUCCAAGAGUUUCCCACAGCUUUAUGCCAAGAGGAAAUGUCAAGAGGACUGCAAAAGCGUGUAUUUUUGAAAUAUGAAUGAAGAUUCCGUGGAUCCAGCAGAGCAGUUCGUAAUCUAUAAUUUUUUUUAUUUUUUUUUAUCCUGAAUUCCGGCCAUUGCUUGUAUAGCAAUUUGCAACUGCUUAUCUACAAAAUGACAUUAUCGGUCUUGCAGCAAUACAAAGUUGUUGUGUUUUUUUUUGUUUUUUUUCAUGUAGGGAUAUAUAUAAAAAAAACUUUAUGUCCACUUUUUUUUUUAUCAUCAAUAUGUAAUGUGUCUGCAUGUCCACUUCCUACUGUAGUGUCUUGAAAAAACAUCAUCUCUGAGCAAAAUGUUGUCUAGGUAAUGCUAGACUGUGGACUUUUCUUAAGUUCUAUAGUAUAUGGUUCAUAGGAUAAUAUAGAAAUUGAAAAGGAUUAUCACUGGUACCUUUUUACAUUCUGGUGCUUUGGUGUCCAACUGUGUAAGCCUUCUAUCUCUUUUAGUUGCAGUCAACCAUUUGUAUGACUGCUGUUGGACAUCUAAGCCAGGCAGUGUUUUUCUCUUUCUCGCACUCUCUCUCCUGCCCCUCCACCCCCCAAGAAUAUUUCCUGAUUACUUAUUAGUUUUGCCCUGCUGCCUUUCAUGCAAAAUAUACAUUCUUUAAAUUAGACUGCUAACAUACUCUUAUUUAAGAAGAACUUGUGCUCUACUGGUUGUUAAUAUGCAUUUAAUAGAUUUUUGUAUUGUGAUGUAUAGUUUUUCUUUUAAAUUGUGAAUAUAUGUACAUAUUUUUGUUUUGUAUGGUUUGUUUUCGCUUCCUUCCCCAUCCAAACCUGUUAUAAACAAUCAUAUUCCGUUUCCUUUUUAAAUGUUAGGACUUCUGUAGGACAUAUUUUAUUAUGUCUAGGUUCUGUAGGACAUAUUUUAUUGUUUAUACUCCACCGCCCCACAAACCUAUGUUAAAAACAGCCAUAUUUCAUUUUUUUAAUAAUUUUUUUUAAAAGCUUACUGACAUAAAACCUCAAUUUCUGUCUAAUUUAAAUGUUAGGACUUUGAACAUUUGCAUUUUUGAAAAUUGUUCUGUAGAAGUAAUUUUAUUUCACAAACUGGCAAAUGUCCUUUUAUCUACUGUGCAGCUUGGCAUUUUUUUUAAAUUAAAGUGAUACUAUAGGCCUCAAAACAACUUUAUUUUAUUUAAACCAUUUUAGUGCAUAGAUCAGGCUUAGGCAACCUUUUGGCACUCCAGAUAUUGUGGACUACAUCUCCCUUGAUGCUUUGCUAUUAUUCUGGUAAGAGCAUAAUGGGAUAUGUACUCCACAACGUCUGGAGUGCCGAAAGUUGCCUAUCUCUAGUAUAGAUCAUGCAUCUCCGGUCUCUCUGCUCAAUCAUCUGCCAUUUAUGUCUCUAUUCAUGAAGCCCUAGCCACACCUCCCCUGGCAGUGACUCACACAGCCUAAAUGGGGGCGGAGGAGGGAAGGUUUCCUUUUUAACCCCUUAAGGACCAAACUUCUGGAAUAAAAGGGAAUCCUGAAAUGUCACACAUGUCGUGUCCUUAAAGGGACAGUCCAGGCACCCAGACCACUUCUGCCCAUUGGAGUGGUCUGGGUGCCAACUCCCACUACUCUUAACCCUGCAAGUGUAAUUAUUGCAUUUUUUUUAUUUUUUUUUAUAAACUGCAAUAAUUACCUUGCAGGGUUAAUUCCACCUCUAGUGGCUGUCUACUAGAUAGCCACUAGAGGGCACUUCCUCCUACAUAGCAAUGCUUUCCUAUGGGGAGCUCUAAUGCGCAUGUGCGCCAUUGCCGCGCAUGCGCAUUAGGUCUUGCCGGUGGGUGGGAUCAGUCUCGCCCACCGGCCGACGUAAUGCAGAGGAGGAGGAGCGGCGGCGAAGGGAGAAGCAGCGACGUGGGACAUGUUGCUGCCUCUGGUAAGUCACUGAAGGGGUUUUCACCCCUUCAGCAACCGAGGAUUGGGGGGUGGGAGGGAGAGGGGACCUGCACUGCCAGGAAAACGGAUUGUUUUCCUGGCACUGGAGUUUCCCUUUAAGGGGUUAAUCAAACGUUGGCUUACUUGAGGUAUUUAUCUCCAUCUCUGUAAAUUGGACUUUAAUCACACACAGGAGGCUCCUGAAUGGUCCAGAGGCUAUUAACAGAGCAGGAGAGAGAUUCUAAAUUUAAACAAAAUGUGCAAUAAAGGAGGUUUAAACAUUAGAUCUCCCUUUAUGGAAAGUUUUUAGGAAGACUGAUUAAGACACAUGCUGUGGCUAGGGCUGCAUAAACAAAAGUAAAUGCCUAAAUAGCAGAUAAUUGAGCAGUGAGACUGCAGGGGCAUGAUCUAUACACCAAAACUUUAUUAUUAUUAUUAUUAUUACCACCAUUUAUAUAGCGCCAACAGAUUCCGUAGCGCUUUACAAUAUUCUGAGAGGGGAUUUAACUAUAAAUAGGACAAUUACAAAUAAACUUACAGGAACAAUAGGUUGAAGAGGACCCUGCUCAAUCGAACUUACAUUCUAUAUGUAGUUAAGAUAAAGUUGUUUUGGUGACUAUAGUGUCCUUAUUAAAUUAGUGUCUUGGUACAUACUUACUCCUAGAUGUCAAAAUACAAUACCAGUUGUAACUGGAUGGAACGUUGGCAUGUAUUCAUGUUUUUUAUGCAGUCAAAUAUUGACCUUGUCCUUUUAAAAAGGUUUCUUAGAAUAGAAAUUGACUUUUGUCUACGGAGACCUACUUGUUACUGGAGUACGUUUACGUAGCUACUGUGUGGCUUACAUGUUUUAAAGUAGUUACAAAACUACAAUUAAAGCUAGUUAGCAUAGGAGCUAAUACAAGUGUAUUUUUUCUUGUUCUAUAUACCCUUCAUGACUUUUUUUUAUUUUUUCUUAUUGUAAUGGGAAGAAUAUUGGCUUUUAACUCUUUCAGCAGACGAUUGAUGUUAGAAUGCAGAAUUUGUUUGGUAUAGUGUCAUGUCUUUUUCAUUUGCAUUGAAUUUCUAUUUAUAUCAAAAUUUAACUCUAGUGCUUUUAUUUUUUUGUUUUAUCCAUAUUUAAUUCAAUUAUUACUGUUAUCAUUUAGCAAUGGAUAAAAGUUCCUGUUCAUGAAGUCAGGACAUAAUCUUCCAUCCUCCAAAUCUGUUUAAAAAAAACAAAAAAAAACAUUUUUAAAUCUAUUACUUGUUUGGAUUUUUUUUUUUUUUUUUUACAGUGACGUAAAGCAGAGCUCAAUAAAUCCCAGGAGUCAGAUCCCCAGGUCAACUCGGAAAUGUCAACCAGCACAUAAAUUUGAGUCACUAUUGCAGGUCCAUUAAAGGAGAAGGACUACAUGUGUAUCUCCUACGCUGCCAUACAGUUAAAUACUCCCAAUCAACCAAGAAUCUGCAUAAUACUGAUUAACUUAACCUUUUAGCAAUCCCCAGAGGGGGAUUGGGAGAGAGUGAAAAACCUGUAAGCGUUGGCUGCUUGCAAGAUUUGUUAAUUUUACCUCUGACAUGUUUAAGCUUGCACCUCCUGCAUUGUUGGUACCUGUGGGGCUAAACUGGAAAACUAGAGUCAGUGGAAACACUCAUGGGAAAAGGAGGAAAAAAAAAAAAGUGGUGGAGGUAGUGCUUUGAUAUCUUUCUAGACUUGGCUACUCAUUAAAACCUGAAAGUGGAACAUUUAUAGCGCUGUCCUCCACAAAACAUUUGGUUGGCUGAGUCCACGAUUCCAUCUGUAUACAC